GUCACGCGCGCGUCAACCUCCGCGUGCCCGAAUUCCCCAUUUGCUCGCCUCGCCGAUCCGCCACCACGACCCUCCAUGCCGGCCGCCGCGCCCGCAACCGCACCGCCGGAAAGCCUGGACGCGCGCACGGGCGGACGCGUCCUGCGCCGCGCGGCGGGGCACCUCCUCCACCCUGCCUCGCUCCCUCCGCUCCUCCUCGCCGCGCUCCUCAUCCUCCUCUUCCGCUCCGCGCUCCUCGCUGGCACGGUCCGCCUCGCUUCCUUCGCCGACCGCGACCCGGCGCUCCGCUCCCUCCUCGCCCGCCUCUCCCCUCCCGCCCCGCCCUCACCGCCGCCUCCCCCGCACCACCUCCCGCGCCGCCGCUCCCCGUUCACCUCCCCGUCGUCCUCCCUCUCCGACGACGAUGUCCUGGUCGGCCCCCUCGAUCCCCCCGCCUCCGCACCCUCCCGCCGCCGCAACGCCUCCUACCACCACGUCCUCUUCUCCUCUUACUCCGCCUCGCCCAAACCCUACCCGGUGCCGCUCCCGCACCCACUACCGGCCUCCGCCUCCCCCUUCUUCCUCGCCGUCCACAACGAGACGGUGCCGCCGAAGCCCGCCUCGCCGCGGGGCGGCGAGCUCCGCCUGCUCGACCUGACCAGGCGCGACGCGGCGGCCAUCGUCAACCUCCUCGCGCUGCUCUCCUCCGCGCACGUGCUCGCGAUCCUCGGGUACAUCGCCGUGCACUCCGCGGCGCUGGGCGCGGUGUUCGCGUCCGUCGCGGGUCGGCACGUGCAGGGGCGGCGGCGAGGGUUCCUCCUUGCCGGUGCGGCGAUGGGCGCGAGGCGGCUAACGGGGUUUGCGUUUCUCAGGUGGGCGACGCGGGAUGCGGUCGUGCAGAUGCUCUGCCUCUGGUUCUUCGCUGACGUGCAUGACCAGGCGCAGCUCUUCAGGCUCUUUGUGCUUGCCAAGCUCAUGCCAUUCUCGGCAUCCGUCAAGCCCUGGCUUGCAGCCAUUGCAGGCCCAGAGCUUGAUGGUUUCUUCGUUGCUUGGGCUGUACUUGAUGCAGUUGUAUCAGUGCUGUUCACUGUGGUGCCAUGGGUGGUUGUCAUGAACCGUGAUCCGCGCCCACCUGGGCACAAUGCUGUGAAGGAAGGGUGCUAUCUUGUUUCUCUGAUGGCAACUGAUGCCACAUUGCUCAAGUGUUGGGAGACAGUAGUGUGUGGCAGUAUGGGGCGGCUCAUCAUGAUGACAUUUGGUGGAAAGAUUGUUGGGGGAUUUCUCCAUUCGAUUGCGCAGGUCUACUUCAUGGUGGUGUGGCUGUUGUUCUACUUUGCGGCAAGGUGUAAGGAGGCACGGCUGGGUGGCCGUCAGUUUGGACUGGAGGAUGUGGCAGCUGCUCUUGACGGAUUUAGGUAGUGUCCAGUUGACGGUGGCCACUUGGUUCAUCAAUGCAUGAAGAGAGUUUUGGCCCUCUGGGGGUAAUCUGCAUACAGCCACACCAUGUGGCAUACAAGAAAGGUUGGUUGGUUUCCUUUCCAUGGAGGUAAGAUGCCCUGUCAUAGGUGUUGUAGCUCCAAGAUGAUUUGUGAAGUUUUUACGGUAGAAUUUUCCUGGGUGGUUUUUUUAGGCUGAAACUUGUGAUGUUGUAGGUUCACACACCGGUAACACUGUUGAUAUCCUCCCUUUUCUGUUUGUAAAUAGUUGUCUCUUAAUCCCAUCUCAAUAGCCCUUUAGUUGGUUCUGUGAAGAAGUUGGCUCACUAUUGAGUUCUUUUGGUCUUUGUUCUCUUAGAUUGCACAAUGAUUUGUAUCCUCAAUUGAUAUGAUAGCCUUUUUUGGUUAUCACACAUUAUCAGAAUGCCUCUUCAACAGUUGCAUAGAAUUCCCAGCCUCUAGAGUUCUAUUUAUGGACGAAGUCCCAUUUAUGGACCAGUAUAUAUUUCCAUACUUACCUACAAUUUUGGAUUACCUGGUUACUUCAUACCUUUAUUCAGUCCACAGUUCAGUUUUCACAGUUGAUUGGUUGACCCAAAAUCGGCAACGAACCAGACAAAGGUAGAAGUUUAGGUGCACAUUUUGGAUUGAUUGUUAGAGUAACGUGAGUUUUUUUUUUAUUUUGACCCUUUUUUAUUCUAAUAUUUUAACACUAUCCCUUUCUAGACUAUAUUUUAGAAAAUACGGGUGUGCUUGGUUGGAAGGCGAGAUUGGAUGGGAUAAGGUCAUCCAUAUUUUUCUGGAUGGGAUGAUCUAAUUUUUUGUUUGGUUGUGAUAGAUGUGAUGAGCUAGUUUUCUGUUUGGUUGGUGGGAUUAGAGUGGAUAGGAUGAGUUAGUUUUCUGUUUGGUUGGUGGGAUUAGAAUGGAUAUGAUGAUUUUUUCAUAUUUAUAUGCAUUCCAUAAGUAUUUGGAUGAAUUUGUGCAUGUUUGAAUUUGUUUGAAUUCAAGUUAAAUUAAAAAGAGAAUAUCAUAUGAAAUGAUAAAAAUGUAUAUAAAUGGAGCAUUACAAAGGAACUUAUUUUUUCAUCAGAUAACCUAGGGUUAGAAGCAUUUUUAUAAAUUAGUACAUCACAUGAGAAGAAUAUUAGUGAUUUUUUUUUUCAGUUUUUUGGUAAUUUAUUUGAGGCAUUAAAAAUUUCUACGUUAUAAAAGUAGAAUUUUUUGGAGAAUUUAAUUAAAUAUUGGCUUAUGCUUUUUAGAUCAAAUCAAUUAAAAUGGGUUGCUACUGAGCUCUAGUUUGCUCAUAAAAAUGUUUAGAAUUUUUGAACCAUUUUAUACUCUCAAAUAAAAUCGAGAGUUAAAUGAAAAACAUAAACACAUAAACACACGGGAACGAACGAACGUGGAUGAGCCGAUCCGACCGUUUUCGCCUGAUCGAGCCAUCCAACGUAAUGAGGGAAUAUUCUUCUAUCCUGGCUGCCCCAUCCACCCUACCCCUCUAACCAAACACUAUGAAAACUUUUUUAAUAGAUGGCGUGACCAUAGUCAUUUGUCACGCUACGACGACCGGCGCGACGAAAGGGGUAGUUCCUAGAAAUAUAAUCUUGCCGGGGUUAAUAUUAAAAUAUUAGAAUAAAAGGAGUUGAAAUAAAUAAAAAAUCGUCUCUUGUCAUGAAAGACAUUUUUGGUACAUCCUACUUGGCCCAUACAGUUAAUUGUUAUGCAGUUCCUUUGUUAUGUAUGGGCUUAGGACACUAAAACUAAAUAGUUGACUUAGUCCACGCAUAUAUUUAGUCUUAUUAUUGUCUGACAGUUCAUUUUGACUCGUAUAGUCGUGUUUAUAUCAUGAUCACAUAUCUCAGUUAAUGUAGAUGUAUUCAGACAAUAAAAUUGACUUAGAAAUAAUUUGUAAAUCAACCCAUUGUUUUUGGGUCAUGGCCUUUAUUUCACCAUACAAGUGAAUCAUGUGUUACUUGUCCUGAAUUAGUUUUCUGAGCCUUGUGUGAAAUACUGUAACUAUAUUGGAAAUGUUUAUUAGCUACUACAGUCUGGCCCUCUUUUCUUUCUGCUCAUUCGCAUUAUAGCCCUCUUUUUGGCACCUGUAUAUAUUAAUUUUUUCGCCUAAGCUUGAAGCAAUCCUUUCACAGAUAUAUCCAUGUCAGACGUAAGAUAUCUAUCUGUAUAUUGCUGCUGAUUACACUCUUGCAGUACUCAAAAGCAACAGUGGCUCUUUGCAAUGCCUAUUCCUUAUAUCAUACUAUUGGAUUGAGUGAUCAGCUGCUGCUAGGCUUUACUAAUGCAUGGGAAAAUGUUCGUUGUACUUUACAAGAUGAGUUUUAGGUUGCCCGAAAUGUGACUAUCUUUAGUUGUUUUGCAUCAUUUGCAACUUUGCAAGAAACGUGACUAUCUUUAGUUCUAGGUUGCCCGAAAUGUGACUAUCUUUAGUUAUUUUGCAUCAUUUGCAACUUUGCAAGAGUGCUGUUGACAUAUGAUUUCAGGCUUUCAGUUUGGUACAUAUACUGCUUAGAAAAUUAUAAACAUUCACGUGCAUCAUGUAAUAUUUGGGAAUAGAAUUUGUCAAAUGCACAACAUUGUAUAUUUUGCUAUUUCUUUUUCUUUUUACCCUUUUUCUCUUAAUGUGAUGGCUGUUGAUGUUGCCAUCUCGUUGAUAAAUAAGAAGAGUAUAUCUUAGUCUAGUUUCAUGUAAACAUCUCGCUAUUGAGUUUGCACCGUUAGGAUUUUUAAGCUGCUACUCGGAACUACAUAUUUUUUUGGGUACAGGAAUGUAUCAACACAAACUAGGUAGACUGGUGCUACGUGGCAUAGUGCCAUCCCUGAAGCUUGUGCAAAAUGUAUUCUGUUUUGCCUCUUUUGUUUCUUUGAUGAAAUAAGAAUGGGGUUUCUUC